ACCUCUCUCUCUCUCUCUGCCAGCUUUGUUUGUUUAUAUAUAUCAUCUCAGCUUCUAUUCCUUCAUUUGCAUGUCUUGACUCUCUCUCUCUGUCUCUCUCACUCAGGGGUUGGUUUUGCAUGGAUGGACCCUUCAAAUGCUCAACACCAGGCCAUGGGUGCUGAAUCACUGGAAGAUGUAUUGGUAUGCCCCAAACCCCAGCAAGAAAGGAGGCUGAGACCCCAACCAGAACAAGCUCUCAAGUGCCCAAGGUGUGACUCCACCAACACCAAGUUCUGCUACUACAACAACUACAGCCUCUCACAGCCAAGGUACUUUUGCAAGGCUUGUAGGAGGUAUUGGACUAAAGGAGGUUCGUUGAGGAAUGUUCCUGUUGGAGGAGGCUGUAGGAAAAACAAGAGGUCCUCCUCUUCGAAAAGGACACAAGAUCAAGGUCUCACCACAACAGCCAACAACUCCAAUCCACUCCUUCCUAAUCUCCCAUCCCUAACAUAUGACUCCAAUGACCUCAGCCUUGCCUUUGCAAGGCUCCACAAACAACCUACAAGGCAGUUGGGUAUGGAUGACCAUGACACUUCCAUUUUGGGAAAUACCAACAUCAUGCAUCCAGAUAUUUUAGGACACCACAAUGCCAAUACUACCCCUGGCUUCCUUGAUGCUUUGAGGGGUGGCUUUCUUGAUGCUCCUAAUGCAUUUCAUAAUUUCUAUUAUGGGUUUGGGAAUGGAAACAUGGGGGAUGUGGAAUGUGGUGUUGGUGUUGGUGGUGGUGGUGGUGAGGUGGUUUUCCCUUUUGAGGAAAUGGGUUGUGCACCAACCACAGCAACAACAACAACAACAACAAAUAUAGUAAAACAAGAGCCAUGCAAAGGUAGAGAUGGGGAGAGUAGGGUGUCUUGGGGCAUGCAAUGGCAGCUUGGAGGAGAUGGAAACAUGCUUGUUGCUGAUUCAGGAAGAGAUUACUGGAGUGGUAUUGGUUCUUCUUGGCAUGGUCUCAUGAACAGCUCUCUUGUGUAGAAUUUUUGCUCGUCUAGUAUUCUCAUACGUUGGGACACACUCUCUCUUUGGUGUUCAAGAGACUGCUAUUCUCUUUUCAUCCAUUGUGUUUGUAACCUCUCUCUCUCUCUCUCUCUCUCUCUCUCUCUCUCUGGGAAUGGGGCUGAUACAUUAUAAAAUACUAAUGGAGUUUUGAGAUUUGUUUUUUAACCGAGGAAGGAAUGUGAAUGUGUUGGAUGAGUGUCCUGCUUUUUCUA